GAAACCCUUCCGAAGCCACACACCCCACCCCCGACACAACACUUAUUCUCUCCUUUAUAACCCUUCCAUCUCACUCUCUUCUUCCACUCAAUAAUCCCAGCUGAAUCCCAGCUGAACUUUUUACAUCUCUCUCUCUCUCUCUCUCUCUCUCUAAAGAUUGGAUUUUUUAAUUUUGAAACGCACAAAAGCACCGUUUUUUUCUCACUUCAAGACCAUUGUCGACUUGUUCCAAUGGCGAUAUCGAAUGAAGCCUUUGCUUUGGAGCUUAUCCGCCAGCACCUUCUCGACGACCAUUUCAUCGCUAAUAUUGAAUUCUCGACUGGUUCUUCUAGCUUCUCCGAAACCCAAUUUUCAGAGUCUUCUAGCUCAGCUGAGGAAGAUGAAGCCGGAAACGACUUCCGAGCAAAUAAUCGGAAAUUAGUUAGUUUAGCUUCCUUCCCUCAGUUUACUUCCACGGCGCCCAACCUUUUCGAGGUCGAGGCAAAGCCGAAAAUUGAGAAGUCGAAGUUAAGUGAGCGCCGGCCACUGCUGAAGAUAUCGGUGCCGGAUAGGGUUCAGGGGCUGGGUUGCGGCGCUCCUCCGCCGGCGCUGGAGGAGAGGAGGCAUUUUAGGGGGGUGAGGCAGCGACCGUGGGGGAAGUUCGCGGCGGAGAUUCGGGACCCGAACCGGCGGGGAGCUAGGGUUUGGCUCGGGACAUUUGACACCGCCGUGGAGGCGGCGAAGGCCUACGACCGGGCGGCGUUCAAGCUGCGGGGAAGUAAGGCGAUCCUGAAUUUCCCUCACGAGAUUGCGAGUUCCCCCCCGGAAUCGGAUAGGCCGGUGGAGAGAUGCCGGAAAAGGGACCGAGAGGAUGAUUCAACGACGGAGAGGAAAAGGGUGGAGGUGAAGAGGGAGAAGUCGCCAGAAUCCGAGGGGAGGACGGAAAGCGUAACGGCGGCCGUCUGCCCUCUAACGCCGUCGAACUGGACGGCCGUUUGGGACUGUUCUGAUACGAAGGGCAUCUUUGAGAUCCCUCCGUUAUCGCCGUCAUCGCCUCACCCUUCCAUUGGCUACUCUUCGCAGCUUAUGGUCGUUUCUGACGGCGUUUACUAAAUUUAGGAACACCUGACGGCAAAAGUCGGUAGGCAGCUGAGUUAUCCACAACCCAAAAAAAAAAAAAAAAAAGAAAAUAGAUAAGAGAGAGGAUUUUUCUGUAUGUAAAUAGGAGAAGGGUUAGCGUGAUUUUAUAUUUUAUAUAUUAUAUAUAUUUUAUACGUAAUGAAAAUGAGAGAUGAGGCAUAUGGCUUUUGAAUUA